AAGCGGCAGCGAGGGGGCGGGUUUUGGAUGAUCCGUCAAGUUCGGCUGAACGGAAAGGGGGCGUGGCGAGGGCAAAAGUCCAAGUGGUCUGACUGUCAAUGCUUGUUUGACACUACGGCCUAGGAUUGGGGGAACCGUUUUGGAUGGCUGCUGCCUUCUUCACCUUGCCGGCUCGGUGGCAGUUGACGAAGACGCUCAGAUUGGUUCAGAAUUUACCAGCGGUUAAACUACAUUUAUCUGGAGUUGCCAUGAUUGCUACAGAAGCUGAAUUUGAGAAAGCAAAGAAUAAGUUGAAGACUUUAAAGAACGAUCCUGGAAAUGAAGUAAAAUUGCAAAUAUAUGCAUUGUUUAAACAGGCUACUCAAGGUCCUUGCGAUUCACCAAAACCCAGUAUGUUGGACUUUGUCAACAAAGCAAAAUGGGAUGCUUGGAAUUCACUUGGCAAAACACCCAAGGAGGAAGCUCGACAAAAAUAUGUUGACCUCAUAGAAACAUUGGUUUCCGCAGAAAUCCCCAACCAAAGUGAAGCAACCACCACAAGAGAUGUAAAGUCAUCAUUCCAGACAAUAAAUGUCACAAGUGAAAACAACAUCACCACUAUUCUUCUAAACAGACCAGCUAAAAAAAAUGCUAUUUCAGUACUGAUGUAUGAAGAAAUUAUGAAAGCACUUGAACAAGCUGCAAAAGAUGAUUCUACACUGACUGUAAUGACAGGUUACUUUCAGUCUCUGGCCUUUUCAAAGCAGCUAAUAAGAGAUGUUGAAAAGGAAAAGCUGCAUGCUGUCAAUGCCCAAGAAUGUGAGCGACUCGUGGAAAGAUGGUUAUCUGAAGAGUGCAUGAACGCCAUAAUGGGCUUCUUUGCAAAGAAGUCAAAAUUGUGAUUUUAUUUCCCCACUGUUCAGUAAUUGACAUCCAGAAACCUAAAUACUAGUUAUGAUUGCAGAAUAUUUCUGUUAUUAAUCUUUUAGAUUGUUAGCUUUUUUUGUCAAUAUUUCAUUGCAAUGUAAUUAUUAAUUGGUCAGCCAUACUGCUAGAUGUUUUUUCUAAUUGUUUUCAGAAAUGUAUAACUUUAAACAUUCAGUCUUAUGUGUGAUUAUUAAUUUGGAAAAUUAUGGAUGGCGAGGAGGGAAUGAAUUGAAAUCUGAAAUACUAUCAGAAUGUGUGAAAGUUAGAUGAUUUGCUAAUACUAUGUCACUCUUCUACAUUUAAAAUCUGUAAUUUUGCAUCAUAAAUGGAUAAUGCCAAAAACAAUGA